AUGAGCAGCUUGAGGCCGACUGUCAAGUCCAACUUCGCUGAUGGAAACGCGAGGACGCAACAAUUUGAUUCCAUUGACCAGGGUUCAAAGCAUCGCGAUGGCGGGCGCAGCGCAAUGCCUCACGCUCGCAACGAUCUCAGCGUCCACCAGCAGCCAAAGCGUGGUGGACAGAGCAUGAACCACCUGCUCUCUUUCACCCUGCCUCCCCGAAGUCGACCGCCUCUUGCUGGACCAGCCCGCAGAUCGCGUAGAGGCGCGAGCUACACACCCUUUAACAAGGAGCGCUACGUCAAUGCACAGUAUCGCUUCCUUGUCAAGCCAACCGGCGACUACACGGCCUACUUUGCCGACCCGGACAUCUACCUCAACUGGGCUGACAUUCUCCAAGUUGUUAUUCCGACGUCUUCGGCUCUCGCUGGAGUAGCCUCCUCUGCACCCAUCACAGACCAACCUCGAGAGCCGGAACACGAAGGUGCUGCAUGCCCUAUCUGCCUUUCGCCACCCACCGCACCACGCAUGACCAAAUGUGGCCACGUGUUUUGCUACCCCUGCAUCCUCCACUAUCUCACUCUCAAGGAUGAUAACAACAACAAGCCUGCUGCACCAGCUCUACAGCCGUCGACGCAAAAGUGGCGACGAUGCCCUAUUUGUUGGGAUGCAGUCUAUGCGCGUGAUCUCAAGGCGGUGCGCUGGUGGGACGCGCGCGCUGCAGCUCGUCAGCACGAGCUCAAGCUACAAGAGCAGCACGACCUCCAACGUGCUCAGCGCAUAAGCGAGUUAGACGAGGAUAGCCACAUUGGCACAGCCGCCGACCUCAAGGACGAGAAUGCGCCGAGCCUCACACACUCGCAUCCCGACAUGCUUGCAUUGCGUCUAAUUGAGCGACCCAACGUAACCACGCUAGCACUGCCGCAGUCGUCGACAUGGCCUGCUUCCGUGCUGGACCACCCGCUCAUACCAGUGCACUCGGCACCGUGGCACUUUCAACCAGACGUGAUGAGCUUUGCCAAAUUCAUGCUAGCUACGCCAGAACUUCUCAUUGAGUCGCUUGAUAAAGACCUGCAAGAGCUGGACCAAGAGAUCGACGUAUUAAAAAGCUUCGGCACAGAUGCAAGUGGGCUUCACUUUGUGGCACUGGCACAGAACAAGGUCAAGGAGCAAAUGCAAAAAGUGCGAGACGAACUUGAUCUACCCAUCGUUCGCAGCUCCAUCGGACAGGCGCGCAACCACCUCAGAGAUCACCAAGCCACGCUGAUGGGGCAGCUGCAGCGCACAGAUCUGAGCCGACGCCAGCGCAAACGCCUGGAGCGCUCACAGACUGACGAGGAGCCGGAUUCGAUACCUCUCUCCAGCAGAGGCGAGCGGGCCGUCGCUCGUGACGGGACACCCGAGGCUGCUUUGGGCGCCGAAGAGUUCCUAGCGCUUCGGGUGCAAGCGCAGAGAGGGACGAUAAGCCACACAUCCUCUGACGACGGAAGCACCCUCCACAAGGACAGCAUCGCAUCGCGAGGAGCGACCGACGCGAUGCACAAGAACGGCCACACCCGUCAGCCGAAACCACGCAAGAACGUCAACCCUCCACAACCCGAGUCGUCCUCCUAUGUGUUCUUCCAGGCGGCAUCGGGUCAAAGCAUCUUCUUGCAUCCUCUCGAUACCAAGAUCCUCCUUUCUCACUAUGGCGCAUACGCAAAGCUGCCACGUAAUUUGGCCGUUAAAGUGGCUGGGGCGAAUGAAGGCAGCAUGAACGAGGAGUUACGUAGAAGAUGCAAGUACCUCAAUCACAUUCCCAUGGCGGCCGACGUCGUGUUCAUCGAGGUGGAUUGGGAAGGCAUGGACCUGAUCAGCAAGGCGACGCUGCGUCCAUACGAGCAAGCGUUGCGCCAACGUCGCAAUCGAAGACGAGACAAAGAGCGACGUGAGGAUCGAGCCAAGACGCGAGCCGAGGAAGCUGAAUUGGUCUCGAACCAAGGUGGACCUGCUGCAGCAGCAGCAUAUCGGAGGCAGCAGGAGCAACUUGCCGCAUUUACGAGUGAGGCCAAUUUUCCUUCGGAUGGUCUCUCGCGCAGCUUUGAGCAUGCACGAACUGGUGGAGGUGCGAGCGCAGCCGAAGGUGCAUUUGCGUCACCGAGCUUCCGCGAAUCGGCCAUGUUCGGCGCCGAGCGCGAGUUUCCUUUGCAUCCCGGAGCAGCCGAGACGGAAGACUUUCCUGACUCGUUGCGCGGCACGCGUGAUGGCCUGGAACGCGUCUCGAUCUCUUCGGACGAUCAAACAGAGCGUGUAGGGCAGGGCGAAGCGAGUAAGCCACCGCGUAGAGCAGCGCCCGUGCAAAAGACGGUUUGGGGCACACCUGCCUCCAAGUCGAGCUUUUCCAAUGCGAUUCAGGGACGUGGCUCUGACGCCCAUGGCAUUUGGGACGAUCAGAUAGAAGAUGCAUGGCAUGAACUCGAAGAGGACUACAUUCUCGGCUCUACCACUUCGGGAAGGAGACCGACUGGGCCUGUUCGAGAGGGACGCGGACUUAACAAACAGAGCAGCUCCAGCGGCGGUGCCAAUGCCAAUGGCGCGAUCAAGCCUCCAAUCGGUGGACGAAGCUAUACCUGGUCCAAGGAGAGCAGAGAUGUCGCACCUAGGGAAAGUCAAGCGGAAGCCAGUUCGGCAGACGCACCAAGCUCGAACGUUGCCGCCGCGACAAAGCCGAAACGUGUUAAGAAGAAGCUUAUACUCACUGGAGGCGGCGGCGGUCGUGGUUCUCGAUAG